GGUCUUUAUUUGAUUGGAAAUACCUCCGAGAAAGAAGCAAGCGGAUGUGACAUUCUCAAGGGUGCCAGGCGAUAAUUAGUCAUCUACGAAUCCUACUUUGGUCAUUGAGCUCUCUCUCGUUUGCAAUGUCUCAUGGUACUCAUGGUCCCCUCAUCUUCCAAUUUGGCAAGUCUCAGGCUCUUCACCCUGCUCAGAGCUUUCACACUGUUGGCCCUCUCCAUGCAGUUGGCGCUUUUGAGCCUUUCAAACCCCAGAUCCUAGAUCCUAGAUAAUUAGGUAGGCAACCAUCUCAUGAUCAGAUUCGGCAACCUCUCAGAACUGCUCACACCAUGGACGCUCUAUGUUGCCCGGCGACUGAUGCCUCAGUAGACUUGCGAAUAUGGCAGGUUCAUCGCCGGCAAGAGCUCAAGUUCCAGGAAUCGAGCUGGCCACUUUCUUGUGCGACUCUUUCUUGUGCGACUCUUUCUUGUGCGGCUUGGACGACACCUCCUUCUUAUGCGGCCCGGACGGCAAUUUCUUUUUCCUUGAGCUAGUCUCGUAAUCCCGUUGAUUAACCCUUGACGGCAGCCUUGCCCAGCUCCAUGCCAAUCAGGUCUUUGACCUCCAGCACCCACGUCCCCCGCCAGUUGGCCUCCUCGUCAACGACCUGCUCAUAUCGCCAGGGGUACCUGGACUUCCUGUUGAACCGCUAGCCCCUCGGCGGUGAAGACCUCGGUGGUGGUGUAGUAUCGACCACGGCCUCGUUCUUGCGCAUCGAGCGGCCGGUUUUGUAGUCUUUUCAUACCUGCCUUUUGGACUGCGGACAGUGGUUGUCCGACGGUCUUGGCGACUCUACCCAUGUUUUGCCCUCGGUGUGUUAACUUUUCGGGUGAUGAAGCGUGAGAUCCGGAUUCCUGCUGCAGAACCUGGUUGACUGGAAGGGAUAGCCACUAAGACUCGUGUUAGUAACAAAUACUUUUGGCGCUCAUCCGGGCGACGAUUCUACAUUGAUGCCGAACGUUUGGGAUUUUUUAAACGGAGCAAGAAGAUAUUUCCCAUUUUUGGACAGGGUGCUUCCGUGUAUUUUACAUAUGUAGGCCUAGAUUUAGGUUCCCGACUGUUCUGGCUGCUUCGUGAUAUCGAGAACUCGGUUAGCUGGGCAUCUAAGGUUCCCAGCGGCAGCGAGGCCCUUUUUUGUGUUCAGGCCUUCCUAAAGAUUCAUGUUCACAAAAC